UAUCAUAUAAAUUUAUCAUAGGAGAUUAAGAUAAACUCGACAAGUUAUCUGUUGAUAUCACAAUAACAUGAAUAUGAAGUUCUUUUGGGGAUAAAAUAUGAAGCCAAAAUCACACAACAUGAACUAUAUAGCAGCUGUUCCGUCAAAUUAUGACUGAUUUGACAGAUAAAUGGAAACUGUGACGGUCACAACCACAAUGCGUAUUACAUCAAAGUAAAAAAAAAAAACAAAACAGGUAUAAAACACGCGUAUCGGUAAUUCAAAAGAAAAUGUAGUUAUAAUAAAUUAUGUAAAUAGUAGCACUUGUACUUAACUUUGGUAAAAUGUAACGUACAAGUUGAAAAUGGAAACAGAAACUGAGAUGCCGGAGUUGACAGUAACUUCUGAGAUAUACCAGGAAUAUGAUUAUAAAACGAAACUUAAGCCAAGCCAAGAAGGAAAUGUUAUAUCUGAGUUUCCGUUUCUGCUGCCAUUAAGUCAAAAUAACUGUACAUUUGAUGAUGAUGAUGACUUAGACGUUGAAAGACCUUGUAAAGCAAGUGUUAAAAUUGAACAUAGUUCAAAGACUAAAAUAGCUCUAGUAGGUCUGCAAGUAUGGAGGGGAGCAUUCCUUUUAGGUGAUUUAUUGAUACAUUUGGGACUGAAUGGGAAAUUGAAGGGCAAAACUGUACUGGAACUAGGCGCUGGUACUGGAUUUACGAGUUUUGUUGCUGCUUUGUACGCAAAGAAAGUUAUUUGUACAGAUAUAGAUUUAGGUGGUAUAUUGGAGCUUAUAAAAUUGAAUGCUAAAUACAACAAUGAGCUAAUAAAAUCCCAAUUUAAAGUGAUGCCGCUGGACUUUAAAGAAAUUGAAUGGAGCAGAAAAUUGAUGCAGGAAAUAAAACAAGUCGAUAUCGUUAUUGCAGCUGAUGUGAUCUACGACGAUGACGUCACAGCGGCAUUUAUAUCAACAGUGCAGCGUAUAAUGAACACAAAUCCGCCUAAAAUGUUAUACAUAGUUAUGGAGAAAAGAUACGUGUUUACAAUAGAACAUAUGGACUCCGUAGCGCCGUGUUACGAAACAUUCCUAACUUUAUUGCACAAGGUCAAAUCAGAAAAUGUCCACGCAACGUGGACUGUGGAACAACUGCCACUCGACUUUCCUAAAUAUUUCACGUACGAACGCGUGAAAGAACUAGUUUUGUGGAAGAUAACCUCAAAGGUGAAUUAGUCUGUGAUAUUGUUUUCGUGUUUAAUAAACGUUGUUGAAAGACA